UUACACAAAUAGCCUCGCUUUCUUGACACAUACCCAAGCAGUUUUCCCCACAUCGAGGAGUCUUGAAUAAGAAAACUCCUAAAGUGAAAAUAGGAUGGAUGUUUCACAGCUGUCCUUACUGCUUCUGUUGUACGGAUAUCUGCCAAAAGUGUUGGCGGUGCAGAUGUGUGACGUGGUGAAUGAGAUCGAGCUGGAAAAAGAACGCUGUGAGAAUAGCACCUCUGGGAACGUCACUUCAGGUUGCCAAGGCAUGUGGGACAUCAUCGCCUGUUGGCCUUCAGCCAGAGUGGGAGAGGUGGUAACAAUAACCUGCCCGACUUACUUCAGUUACUUCAGUGACCAGCACAAGGGUAACCUCUCCAAAAACUGCACGGCAAAUGGCUGGACUGAGAUGAGACCUAUUGACAUCGCCGCGAACUGUGGAUACAAUCUCAACAGCACUAGUGAUGAUGGCAAGUUUUUUUGGCAAGUGAAGAUUGGCUACACAAUUGGCCACAGUGUUUCCCUCGUCUCCCUUACCUCGGCUAUUGUGAUCCUCUGCAUCUUCAGGAAGCUCCACUGCACAAGGAACUACAUCCACAUACAUCUGUUUGUGUCGUUUAUCCUGAAGGCCAUCGCCGUGUUCAUCAAGGAUGUGGUUCUCUAUGAGAUUGGGGAAGUGGACAACUGCUCCUCAGGCUCUGUUGGCUGCAAAGCAGUGAUUGUGUUCUUCCAGUACUGUAUAAUGGCCAGUUUCUUCUGGCUGCUGGUGGAAGGCCUUUAUCUUCACGCAUUGUUGGCUGUUUCUUUCUUCUCCGAGAGGAAGUACUUCUGGGCUUACAUUCUGAUCGGCUGGGGAGGUCCAACAAUUUUCAUCACAGCUUGGAGCAUCGCUAAAGCCUACUACAAUGAUGUGGGGUGCUGGGAUAUAAUUGAGAACACAGAUAUGUUCUGGUGGAUCAUUAAAACGCCUAUUUUGGCAUCAAUCCUGAUGAACUUUAUUCUCUUCAUCUGCAUCAUUCGAAUACUUCGACAGAAGAUCAACUGCCCAGAUAUCGGAAGAAAUGAGUCCAACCAGUACUCGAGACUGGCAAAAUCAACGCUGCUUUUGAUCCCACUGUUUGGGAUGAAUUUCAUCGUGUUUGCAUUCAUCCCAGAGCAAGUGAAGACUGAGAUACGGCUAGUUUUUGACUUGAUUCUGGGGUCAUUUCAGGGCUUUGUGGUUGCUGUCCUUUACUGCUUCCUCAAUGGAGAGGUCCAAGGAGAGAUCAAGAGGAAAUGGCGGAGGUGGCACCUGCAGCGAUACAUGGGCUCUGACACCAAAUACCAACACCCAUCUAUUGGCAGCAGCAACAACUUCAGCACCCAAAUCACCAUGCUGACACGAUGCAGCCCAAAAACUCGCCGGGGUUCAUCCUCCUGUCAUGACGACUUGUCUAGCAUAUGACUCACACAAACAGUGAUACAGACAUACAUGCUGUUCAAAAUACUCUCAUGCCAAACAUUAGGCAGAAAAGACACAGCAUAUGUAAGCUCUAGAAUAAAAUAUACACACUUCCUUAUUAACACAUUGCACUUGUGAAGGAUGUUUUGCUUUAGUGUAACGGGGACAAAGGACAAUAAAGAGAAGACAGAAAAAAAAUAUAUAGGAAAAUAGUGUGACUGUAAUCAGCUUUGAAGAGGCUUUUAAUCUUAGCGCUUCUUUAAAAUAAUAAGAUUAAGUGACAAAAAUACAAGCGCAUUGCUUUACAAGCACAACUUUUUAACAUUGUAUUUGUAUUUCAUGAUUCAGUGCCCAUGUACAGGUGAAUUUCUGAGUUACAUCAUUAUGGUCAAUUGUUAUUAAUGUUCCUGUGUGCUCAGACACUGGGCAAAGCGAAAUGUCACAUAUUAAGGGGGUUGUGUGCGGGAUCCAAAUGUGAAUUGCACCAGCAGACACAUAAUCUGAUUUAAUUAUUAUAACAAUCAUUUAAUGGAUUCCUGCAGCUCCAAAUGAACAAGGCUGAUGCAAAGACACAACCAUAAGAAGAAAGGGAGCUGAUGUUUUUUAACACAAAGUCCCAUUAUUUAUAUUCUUACAGUGUAUGUGGUGACAUCAUAGACAAAGAAAAGUACCAGAAGUGCAUUAUGGGGUUGUUUUUGAGCAUUGAAUGUGUGUGGUGGAAAGUAUGUUUUAAAACAUAUUUUUAGGCAUCCAAAUAGAACAAAGCAGUGUGCUGUGUAGGAAGACAGAAAAAGAGAGACUGGCAAGUAACCAGCAGGAGAUGUUAUUUCAAUACAUGCCAAAUGGUUGAGGCUUCAAACCAGGUGACCAGUGUGAUGCUGAUUCACAAUGACGCUUUUUUUCACGAUGAGUACAAAUGCCCUUUUCUGCACUAUCACUCUCAUGAGAGACAGAUUGCCCUUUGCCUUCCCUCUUAUCAGUGCAGCCUUCCCUCUUGUUUUGUGUGAUUCUGAGCCUGUGAUAGGGUCCAUGUGUUUUAUUAUUUGAGGCACUCUGGCAGUUUUUGUUGGAUCACUGUCGAGUCCCUGUUUCAGUGUUUGAAGUGACACGUUAAAUACAAUCUUCACUGGCUGUCGAGCUGCACAGCAGCUCUGAAGAGGAAAUGCCUUUAAGCAAUUCAGUCCUUGAAUGUUUACAUUUACUUGGGAGGAGUCAUUUAACAUUGUACAGUAAGUAUACAGUGUAAAGUAUAAUGAAUUGCUAGGGAUUGUUGUGCCAUACUGAUUGCAUUGUGGCUACAAUAUCAGUAAUAUGUCCGUGUAAUUGUUGUUUGUUCAUGUUAUUGCAACAUGUGUGAUUUGCCAGGAACAUAAAAAUCUUUUGUACAAAGUUGUUUAUUUAGCAGUCUGUUUUAUUCUAAAGCAUAAAAGCUAAACAGGAGGCCCUGCAUUACACUUUAAAACAGUAUUUGGAUUCAUAAUACAGAGCAUGCAGUUUGAUGAGAACCUUUCUAGGUAAUGCUUUGGUACACUGACAUCAGUUUCAACUCCUAAAUCCUUUCAUUGUGAGAGUUAUUAAAAGUAUUUCCUGAAUUCUCCAUUGAUGUGUCAGGUUCAAACUUAGCAGUUGGAUUAGGUUGAACCUGCCAAGUCAGAAGAGACCAUUGGAGCCUGUAUGUAAAGGAAAGCAAGGUGACAAGGAUGACUGAUGCACACAUUUUUCCAGUUGCAUCUUUCCAUUGACUUUGGAUACAAUUGUGCCACCUCUAACAUUCACUUCUUGUUCUGUCUGAAUACACAUUAAGAGUACUAAGUAAAAUUAUAGAGGAACACCAGUGUUGAUGGAAUAUCCGCUUAUUUGCUUUCUUGCCAAGAGUUAAAUGAAAAAAUUGAUACCAGUCUCAUGUAUGCAGGGUUAAUAUUUAGCUGAAGCCAGCAGCCGGUUAGCUUAGUUUAGCACUAAGCAUGAAAGCAAGGGGGUUGUUAUCUUUGGACGGAGUAGGGCUAGCUGUUUGCACCUGUUAUCAGUCUCUAUGCUAAGCUAAGCUAACCAACUGCUACCUGAAGCUUCAUAUUUACUACAAAGGUUUUCCUCAAAAUGUCUAAUAAUUUAAAGGCUCUUUAUUCAACAUUUUUUGGUGCCUGUCCUCUGUGUCAGUAAAGUUUAGUGUAAAUGUGUGAGUGUGAAUUUGCCAAUGUACCUCUCAUAAUGCUGAUUGUAAAUAGAUUUGUACAUAUGAAAAAACAAUUCUAGUAUACAGUAUUUUAAAAUUCAGCCACGGGUGUUGCUGGAUGUUAUCCUUUAGUGUUCUGGUAACAUGGUAUGGUUGUUGUUGUGUAUCAGUGAGAUAAUAUUGAAAAGGGAUAUUGAAUCAACAAUCAUUCUAAUGUGCACUUACAGUAAGCGUUCAGUAUUGAAAUAUGUGUAAUAUAAAUUUGUUUAUUUGCAAACUGGAUAUUUUGUUGUGUAUAUUUAAGAACUGAGAGUUGAUUUGUUUGGUUUGUUGUUAGUGCAAUGCGUGUAACACUGGUGUAAUGCAUUCCAUUAUGUAGCUACAAUUGUACUGUAAGUAUUAUUUGCUUAAAUUCACAUUUGUGUACACAUAAAGCCACUUCUUAGUUUUGUUUUUGAAUAUUUAAUUAUUAAUUUUGUUAUACAGUGUAU